GGAGCAAGAUGGUGAGAUCCGUUACCAUGAAGUUACUGAGAGAGAGAAUAUCAAAGUAACGGACUUGGAUAGUAUUAUUAGUUUUCAACAGAUGAUAAAAGAAAGUUGGACAGAAUCAAAGAAACUGUGGAAAAUAGCAGGGCCAGCUAUGUUUAUCAGAAUAUGUGCAUAUUCGAUGAUGGUAAUCACAACAAUAUGUGCAGGUCACUUGGGUGUUGUGGAGUUGGCAGCUGUGGCAAUUCAAGGCAAUGUUAUCAGAGGCCUGGCUUUUGGAUUCCUGUAUGGAAUGGGCAGUGCGUUAGAAACCCUGUGUGGUCAGGCUUUUGGAGCAGGAAAAAUUCAAAUGCUUGGAGUGUAUAUGCAGCGUUCAUGGUUAAUAUUGCUGGGUACAUCAGUGCUUUUGAGUUUUAUUUACAUCUUUGCCACUCCUAUUCUUAAGCUACUGGUACAGGAUGAGGAUGUAGAUGAUCUAGCGGGAGAAUAUGCGCUUUGGAUGUUACCACAGCUAUUUGCAUAUGCAUUAUAUUUCCCAAUGCAAAAGUUUCUUCUGGCACAGAGAAAACUCAUGGCCGUGGCUUGGAUUGCCUUAGCUGCAUUGAUAAUCCAUGCUUUUCUCAGCUGGUUAUUAAUCUUCCAAGUGGGUUUGGGGUUGGUUGGAGCAGCUAUUACAUUAAAUCUAUCAUGGUAUAUUAUCGUUACUUGUCAGUUUUUGUAUAUAGUUUACUUUUGCCGAGAUGCUUGGAAAGGAUUCUCCUGGCUCGCUUUUAAUGAUCUAUGGGCUUUUAUUCGGCUUUCAAUGGCUUCAGGUGUUAUGCUAUGUUUGGAUUUCUGGUAUAUGAGUUCAUUGACUCUUCUGGCGGGUCAUCUAAAAAAUGCAGCAAUUGAAGUUGAUGCAAUAUCUAUCUGCAUGAAUUUGAAUGGAUGGGAAGCCAUGAUCUUCAUUGGUUUCAAUGCUGCUAUAAGUGUGAGAGUAUCAAAUGAACUGGGAGCCGGUCGCCCUAAUGCUGCAAAAUUUUCUGUCAUUGUUGUGAUUCUAACAUCACUUUCUAUUGGCCUUAUAUGUAUGGGUAUCAUUCUUGCAACCAAAAAUCAGUUUGCAGUACUAUUCACGAAUAGUAAAGUGGUAAGGGAAACAGUAUCCAAUAUGGCAAUGUUACUUGGAGUGACAAUGGUUUUGAAUAGUGUACAACCAGUUCUAUCAGGUGUGGCUGUAGGCGGAGGUUGGCAAGGUCUGAUAGCCUAUGUAAACGUAGGAUGUUACUAUGUUAUUGGAUUACCCCUUGGCCUGCUUAUGGGAUAUAAGUUCGAUCUUGGAGCGAAGGGUAUUUGGACUGGCAUGAUUUGUGGAACAGCCCUCCAGACUGUUAUUUUAUUGUUAAUCACAUAUUUCACUAACUGGAAUCGAGAGGCUGCUCAAGCUGAGGAUCGUAUAAGGGUAUGGGGAGGAUCAGCUGAGUCUUAUACAAAUAGAUCAUCCAAGGGUAAAGAGAAUGCUGAAUAUGAGAAUAACCCUUAG